AUGAGCGAACCUCCGCUGCUCACCCGGCGGCUCACGUUCGCCUUUCUCGCAAUCUUCACCACUCUCUUGGUCGCCAACGUGUUGGUCCUCAACCACUCUCACAACCUCAGCAUCUUCUACCAGGAAUGGCUACCUUCUGUCUCCGCCGAUGCGACCCAGCAGCGUGUAGGGUCCCACACAUGGCAGAAGAGCCAAGAGCCUGGGCCGCUUGUCGAGAUCGAUGACAUGCACCCCAUCAGAGAGUUGAUCCGGGAUGCUGACCAGAGAUUGGAAGAGUACGACUAUGACAGGAGCAAGACGUUCAAGGAGACGGUGGAGAAGUAUCGAAGGAUGUAUGGCAGACAUCCGCCGCCAGGCUUCAAGGAGUGGUACAAGUUCGCACGCCGCAAGCAUGUCCACAGUAUCGACGACUUCGCUCAGAUACACGAUGAUCUACGGCCCUUUUGGUCCAUUCCGCCAACCGAGAUCAGGCACUAUGCGGCGCAUUCGUCUGACGACCCGGCACAUGGGCUUGCUACCAUCCAUUUGAGGGGAGGGCAAGUGUUCCAGGAGACGUGGGGCUGGAGAAGUGAGACUUUCAUCAAGAUGUUGAAGACUGUUAGUCGGUGGCUACCGGACAUGGAUAUUCCCGUCAAUCGCAUGGAUCAGCCGAGAGUGGUGGUGCCGUGGGAAGACAUGCAGAGCAUGCUUGCUGAGGAGGAGAAGGGUCGCACGCUGGAAACGGCAGGCGUUAACAGCGCAUUCACUGAGAGCAUGGAGGGACUUUGGCACCCCAACCCACGAAUACCGGAACCGGCGUGGAUCAACCGCUGGAACCCUUUCAUCUACUUGAAGGACCAUCGCAACGAUAUAUCGGAUCCGCAUCCGCCGUACGGUUGGUUCCCAUACGCCAACAAGCAGUUCAUGGACCUCGCUGCAAAGGCCUGUCCCCCGAACUCGUACGCUCGCAAUGCAGACUCUGCAGAGCACCAAAACUCGGCUGAAAGGAGCUACAAGCACCGCGAGGGGUACUUCAUAACCAACUUCAAUCUCUCGUCAGACCUCUGCACGGUCGGUCCUACCAUUAGCAACUUACAUGGCAUGCUCUACGCUUCGACUUCAAUGCUGGCAACCCACAAGCUUGUACCAGUCUUCUCGGAGUCUAAAACCAAUGUCAACAACGACAUCCUCUUCCCGGCAAAUAUGUACUUCAAGUCUGAUCCUCGCUACGUCUACGACGACGAGCAAGAUAUCGACUGGGACGACAAGAACGACAUGAUGCCUUGGCGUGGUGUGACAUCUGGUGGUACCGCAUACGCUUCCGACCCGGGCGGCUGGAAGAACAUGCACCGCCAGCGACUCGUCAUGCUCACCAACUCGACCGCUCUUUUCGCGAAUAACGAUCAAGUUGAAAUUCGUACUGCUCUCCCUGAGCACUUUACGCCGCAGACCACGUAUGAGCAAGCCAACUUUACCAAUCCUGCUCUUGCCGACUUCGCAGACGCCCACACAGAUGUUGGCUUCACAGGCAAGCUUGCAUGCGUGCCAAACUGCUCAUUCUACGACGACACCUUCGCAAUGAUGAAGAAGACAAGCUUCGCGGAGACGUUCAAGUCGAAGUAUCUGAUCGACGUCGAUGGACACAGCUUCUCUGGCCGAUGGCGCGCGUUCUUGCAGAGCAGAAGUCUGGGUCUGAAGGCUACCAUCUUUCGAGAAUGGCAUGACUCGCGUCUUUUCGCCUGGCGCCAUUUUGUACCGUUGUCGAACGAAUUCAACGAGCUGUACUCUCUGCUUACCUACUUCAUUGGUCUGCAGGCGCAGGGCGAUGGAGAGGAGUUGAAAGUAGAACGGCAUGAUUAUGAGGCUUUCAAGAUGGCGGAGCAGGGCCGAAAGUGGGCGCAAAAGGUGUUGAGGAAGGAGGAUAUCGAGAUAUACCUUUACCGGCUGCUCCUGGAGUAUGCGAGGAUCAUUGAUGACAAUCGGGAUAACAUUGGGUUCAAGGGCGAUGGAGGAGAGGAGAUGGAGAGUUUUGAUAUGCUGGUUCCGGCUAUGGCUUAA